ACUGUGUGCUGGGUGCUGUACUCUAUUUUUGUCACUAUUGGAACGAUCUUAUUGGAAAUACACCUGGUUGACAUUGGAUAUCAGAUGACCGAGGACAACAAUCCGAGGCAAUAGAAAGAUUCCCGUAUUGGUGCAGCUAAGGUGAAGCAGAAUAGCAGCAGCUGGUCUGCGUAUCAUUAAUGCUACUCCUCCGAGAUUCACUAAUCCACACCAGCAAAGACCGGAGGCAUCGCCAUCGUCGGGAAUAACACGGCGGCAGCAGUAAUCGCCAAAGACUCGAACGCGUAACAACUCUUCGAACCAGCCAGCCACAGCGGAAAGUCUCUAGCAGUGGAAAAAAGCAUAAGAUGAUUCAGUUUAUUCGGUUCCGACGUUGACGACGAAAAUAUUAUAUUGUUCUGGCUACAUCCGCGACACACGGCAAGAAAGUUGCGGUUCAUAAAUUUCGUUCGCGAGUCGCAAAUAUUGACCAACACUCGGUCGGCGGACGGAUAACAGCAAUAUUUACGCUUGCUCUAAUCCUAAACCAAACCGCCGCGCCGUGGAAUUAUGGCGUCGUCGGAAGGCGUGUGUCCGAGGCCGGACUCGUUUUCCCCCACUCGGAUCACCAUGCUGUGGAAGAACUAUCUGAAUGCCAGUAGCCUCGAUUGCAGCGGGAUUGCUGGUGAUGAGCCACAGGACGACGACAUCGGGACGGCCGCUGGUGGAAGCAAGACUGCAUGGUUGGAGGUGUUCCUAUAUGAGUUCGGGAAGCUGAACGACGACCAACGAGCAUACUUUCAGCGAUCAAACAUCUCGGAAACCAUAUCAUCGGUCUUAUCACACCAAUUGCUACUAUUUAUCUACGAGAUCUGCGAUUCGUCGAAAGGCAUCCCGGAGGAAGCACGUAAACGUGCCUCGUCCAUCACGUCGUCCCUCUCGUCGGCGUCCACGUACAUGACGGCCCGAAGCGGGACGACUGAUUGCACUACUGGCACUACAGGCACUGCUGCAGACGACACCACACAAACACUUCUCGGUGGCACCGCAGCAGAUCUGCUACUGCUUGCUGAUCAGAACGAUAACAAGAUCGAAACCGAUCCGUUUGAUGAGACCGGUGAGGAUCGCUGUCACGUUUUGAGGGAAUUCCUGCUGGAAGGCGUCGGAGGACGAAUUUUGAAGAUCCUUGACCAAAUUGGUGCCAAAGAUAUCGUAAACGCAAGGGAAUUCGCAGAGGUAUUAAUUCAAAUUUUACCCACCCGGAAACGGGUCAUUACGUAUCAGACGGAUCUAGAAUAUCUAAUUGAAUACAACCUACAACUGCUGAAAGUGUUUAAAAUGCGCACCGGCAACAGUGACUGGCGAAGAGGCGCAAAGCGCAAUUCGCUAAACCUAAGUUCGUCGCAAAUUAUCGAAUGUUCAAGUCCGAUGCAAGCAUCUUCACCUCCGGCCAUCUGCCGAAAGUUCUCGUUCUCACCUGUACCAGAGCACAAAACUCAAACGACUGCUGAAAAUCAACCGCAGCCCACGAACCUCGCAGAUUACCACACCGAACCGUUCAACGCACAUCUGCGUGCCGCCUUAAGUCAGGAUCGCCUUACCUUGAUCGUACUUAAUCUACUCGAAAGUUUGGUCAUCCAUGAAAACAUUUUCAUGAUCGACGAAAAGUCCGUAACCAUCAGUUGCCUAAGGAUGACCAUCGAACGGCUGCGUCGGCAGGAAGUCUUGGAGGAGAACCCUCGCAACCGGCUGAUCCUCAGACACAAACUGCUGGGAAUACUGAUGCUCAGUUUGAACAACCUGUUCUUCCUCGACACGCUGGAAAGCGAUCACGUUAGCUUGAAGCAGAUCGCAUCCGAAGUCAUGGAACUGCUACGAAAAGAACUUGAAGCCGACAGUUCAAACCCAAUUAGCUGUGAUUUCGUCUACAACCUUACGUACACGAUCGUGUCCACCGUCAACCAGACCUUCCUGCACUACAAUGAGCAUCUGGUUAGUGAGCAGUUCUUUCUAGCAAUAUUUCACCUGCUGGAAAGUAAUCUGGAUAUAAUCAAACAUGUCUACAGUCUCCUGCAAGAAUCCAAUGGAACAACUCAACAGUCUGUAGUGGACAUUUUGCUCAAGAUGCUCCAGAACUUCAUCGUCGUGCUAGCCCCGAAUCGCGUAACGGGUAAAAAACUUCCUCGAGCUCGACACAGACUACACCACGCGCGCCAGGAUCCCAAAACGGCAUACAUCUGUGCGCUGGAAAACAUCCUUCUUCGCGUCUUCCCCGUAGUGAAGUACUCCGAUCAGCGAAUGCUGCUGCAUUUCUUCGGCGAGAAUCAAAUCUGCUGCUGCAAUGCAACCAUUGAAACGUUGGAAGUUCUACUGAUGAUCACCAACGACGAUCUAGUCCCGCGGAUAUGUCUGAACUUUGCCAAUCGCAGCGUGAUAUGCGCGAUUUUCGGACGAUCCAGCUGUACACGAUGCGAAGGCGAACGCUACUGCGACCGCUUCGAUGAACGCUUCGAUCGCAUCCAUCGCCAGGUGUUCGACGCCUUUGCUCGCAUAGAGAACCGACCUCGGAUGCCGAUCUUGCUCAAGUACCUUCAGGAUGUGACCAAGGUGAUACCGGACUCAUUGGAGAAGUUUGUCCUGUUCGAUCUCGUGUUGCCACAGUUGCGAAAAGAGAAGGCUGAUUUUUCGAAGGGGAUGCUGGAUGAUACGACCAAGGACCUGGUCAAUGGCUGCCUAUCGAUCGUGGGAAGAUGCCUGCGAGAUGCGAACCUUUUUGAGCAUUUUUUUACGGAAGAAAACAUUGCUAUGUUGAAUGAUCUAUCCAUGCGAGCUGAAUUCGUCUACCAGGUUGGGGUCAUAUUGAGGAUCGCAUUCGACAACUCACAUCUGCUGGACACGAUCGAAGAUCAACUGGGGAGGAUGAUUUUGGAUAAUCUGCGGGCGCUAUCCGAUCACUUAGGGCAACUGUUUGCCAUUCUCAAGACCAGUGACGUUCAAAUAAAACUGAAAGGGCCUGCAGCUAAGGCCGGGGACACUCUUCCGAACGCUGAGUCUACCACCAAUGUUCUACAGCUUUUCACCGAACACUGGAAACUCGUUCGGUACCUGAUUCAAAUCAACGAUCAUUUAUACGAAUCCUUCAGUGCCACGUUCGGUGAAUGUGAGGACAUUCUACGCCUGGUUUGCAAUCUGUUCAGUGCUAUUCUUUACCACGACAAGCCCAGACAGAGCCAAUCAUCCCCUUCCAAGCAGACUGCAACGGAGUUAACCGAACUGAUCAACCCGGAGCGUCGAAGUAUUCUGAACAUCUUCCACUUCAACGACCAGCUGAUCGAAGACCAAGUUCCAGGUGAUGAAUUUUUCUACAGCUGCAGUUCGAUCGGUUCCGACGGUUUGGAGGAUGAAGAAUUUUCCCUUCUUCGGGAGCUAACCGUGGACAAGCUUAUACAUUUCCAGACGGCAUCGCAAGAGCAGCUCAACAAUGGCAAGCUGGAAAGGAGCUGGUCUCUGUUGGAAAAGUUCAACAUUAGGAAAAUGUUGGCCGAACUGGUGGACGAGUACUUUCCAGGAACGGCCAAGGUGCGGACGCCAUUUGAAGAACUUCCCGAACAGGCCCGGCAACUGUUGUCCAGCGGGGGAUUCGUGCGGAAGCGGUUGGCCAUGCUGGUGGAGCUGAUGCUCAGUGCGUUUCAGUUGCUCGUCGACAGGAACAACCGAUUGGAAGACGCCAUGCAGUCUGCGCUGAUCGAAUUGAAAAAGCUGCUUCUCAGUGGUGCACUGGAAUACUGGGACUCGCCGGAAGCUGCGAAAAAUGUGAUGAACGCACUGCAGUCGCUGCUCAAGAUCGCCGAAGUGCGGAGUGAGGGCUGCGGUUUUGAAAUCGUUGACGGGCAACAGCAAAACGAGUACUACUUUCCGGCGCAAUCGUUCGGCAGUGGUGGCAGAAAGUCAGUCAGUGCUGAGGAUGACAUCAGUUCCACGGAUGAAAGCUACACGACCGCUUUCGACGACGGAUACGACGGAGACGUGGAGAAUGAGCAACUGUUGACGAUCGUGUCGCGAAGGGGCAGUAGUAUGCGAUCGCGGGAGGUCGGUUCCACGAAGGUCAAUCAGAACAUUUGUAACAUAGUGAUCGACAUACUGAUAGAGCUAUCGAAAAAGUGCGCCACAGAUCCACAGAACUGGAGCUCUACAUUAUCGCAAAUGGUUUUGAAAUUGAAUGGUAUCAAAGAUCAUCUGGGUGGAUCGUUGUAUCUGAUAACCGGGUUCGGUCCGGUUCUGGAGCGAAGUGAUCUACGCUUGAAAGAGCUACAGACGUCGGUACUGGAGUUGAUCACCGAUUUGGAAAGCCCUGAAGUGUUCUCCAAGUUCCUGCAGCUGUUAAGCCUCGAAGAUCCUCCGAUUCAGCUGAUCUUGACCAAGCUGAUGAACCUUGUGGACACCAAUUUCAAGCUCGAAUGUUACACGGAAGUUAGCUUCCCGGAUCCCAGCGACGACGGCACUCGAAUAUCAACGUGUGAUGUGCUUCUGUCGAAGAAGAUCAGCUAUCUACGGGAGCAUCACCGAUACUACAAUAUACGAUCGCCAUUUACCUGUUCAGCCAAGAUGAUCCCAUUGAGCUAUGUAAACUUUUCACCGUGGAAUGCAGAAGGGUGUACGGCUUCGGUGUGGUUCCGCCUCAAUGCGACACAGCAGGACAGCAAUCGUCUUACGAUCACGCAUCUGAUCUCCGUCGGGAGCGAGAAGCAAAUCGUUUCCGUAUUCAUCAACCGCCAGCGACAGUUUACGGUGCGGUUUAACAAACCCGAUCGCAUUAUCUCCACUGCGAAUACCAAGCGCUAUCUGGCAAGUGCAAUCGACGUAAGCUGCUGCGAUAAUUGUGCCAAAGAAUUGUCUCACAUGUGGAAUUACAAAAACUUCCUACGAUCGAUUGAACCCUCCGUGCAGGUUUUCCGUAUUGAUGCGCCUGGAGCGCAGUGCGUCUAUUGUUACAAGCACCUACCCGCAGGUAAAACCGUCGCCACCACAAGCCUCUCGAACGACUACUUCUACGAUCUUCACUCAGAGCAAUACACGAUCAAAGACUUUCAAUUGGUAGAAGAUCAGUGGACUUCACUGGCUCUAUCCGUUCAACAGCUAGACAACUCCAUAGUCAUUGUCCUUACGCUGGACGGAGUGCAGCAGCAAACUGUGACCAUAGGUGACCCAUGCCAAAUCCACAUCGACACCGCUUUACCAGUGCUUGCCAUCGGCCAUCGAAUAGGCGUCGAGGAUGACUGUCCACUGAACUAUUCCCUCUCCAACGUUCAACUGUUCAGGAAAAGCUUCACAGACCUAUCCACAUUGGCCAAUCUCUACGCACUCGGCCCCAAUUGGAUACACCUGAACGGAUUCCUCAAGGGUGAGAUCGUUCCCAACUACGGUAGUCUAAACCUGGCUAAGCUUUCGCUGGAGGAUCUCCAUCCACGGAAUCACUUCCACCUGCUGCAUCGAUCGCACGUCGGUAGCUAUGCUGCCCACAAACCGGACGUAUUCAUCACCGGUAAACCCGGAUACGGAAGAGUCGCACUGGGAAUGCUUAGCUUCUCACCACGACUUACCCCGAGGGAAAAUCUUUCCCUUCAACGAUCGAUACAGCUAUCCGGUGGAAUCUCCGCAUUACUGUUCGCCUUUGCACGCAUCGUCGAACUGUCCGAUUCACCGAGAAUCCACGCCAAUGCUCUGAACUUGCUGCUGCGAAUCGCUCACGAUAACAACGACUUUUACAACGAAUUCGUUCAACGCGAUCUACUCGAACUGGUAGGGAUCGUGCUGAAGAACAAGAAAUGCCACAAGGAAGUAUGCGUCCUGGCUGCCAUGCUGGAGGUCGCAUUCGAUCAUCCGAUUUUGGUUCGCCGUGGCGAUGUCUAUAGCGUUCUGUCCAACUCCGUAGCCAGAAUCCGCUACCCGGAGAUCAUCAUAUUCUUCUUUGAAAAUUUCCAAAUGUGGAUCGAUAACUCAGAGGAGGUACUAAACUUGGUGUUUGAAGUCCUCAUCACAAUUACCCGCGAUAAACACCCCGGCAUGGAGUACAACUGCAAACGUCUAGCUGAUGCGAAUCUCGCUCCCACCCUGAUCGACUUUUGCCGGAUGAACUUCGUUAUUCCACCAAAGACUGUCAAAAUAUCCAAAUCUGCAGCAGACUCGCUAGUCACGCUCAUCACAAUCCUCUCGAAUACUCCUCCGAAAGUGAGCUUGCUGAAAGAAAUCAUCGACCUGCUGCUACUGAUGCACAAACCCACUGACAGCUACGUAACCCACGAUCGCCAGAAGUUCUACUUCAACAUCAAUCCCCACCUGCCGAACCGAACUGCGAAGAGCAACGAGAAUAAGUUCACACAACGCUUGAACCUCCGCGAACGGCGUCUCAAGUACUCCCAACUGCGCAAGGUAAUCCCACUGGCGAUCGCAAACACCAGCAACGUGGCUUCGUUUGAAUCGACAACCAGUUUCAUCGAAAUGGAUAAGCUGGAGAGCAAAGCCGGUGACUCCUAUGAAGCAUCACCGCAAUCAACACCCAAGUCUUCUCACGGAAGUCCCUCGGCAGUCGAUUACGAAACCAACUACGACAGGCUGAAUCAGGCACUCGCAAAUGUCAACAUUCGAAGACGGAGCUUGAAGAACGAUAAGCACAAAGUUCGACGACUGCAGAGCCCAACCAGCCGGGUUAAUCUGACUCCCAAGGAACGAAGUUCUCCUUCCAAGGUUUGCACGAGAAAGGAACUCAACCUGUCCACGCAGUCUUUGCCUACUAAAUUCAAGUUCUUCGAACAAAACUACUUCGGUACCGGCAACGACUUCAUCCAGGAGAGCUUUCUACGGGCACUGUGCGACUUCUUGUUGAUCCUUCCGGAUCAGGAAGCGAAACAGUUCUUCAACGCGGAAAACCAAAUCAUAGAGACCUUGCUGAUUCUGGCCAACAACUCCAACAUUCGAAUCCGGACGAUGAUCAUCAACCUGAUCGCGGUCAUCAGCGAUCGGGUGCUAUUCAGCUAUACCGAGGAGCAGUUUAAGAUCUUUUGGCACCAUCUGGGAAAUCAGAUCGGAUCCCAUAGCGUCAGUGUUGAUCUGUUGAACAGCUGCUUCCGAUGGAUCACGAAAACCGGUUCGGUGUUGGCGCUGGAGUCGUUGAUCUUGGAGUACCACGUCAACGUCGUCCAGGAAAGUGGUUUGAAUGUUUUGAUGGCGAUCCUGCCGCAAUCGCACGUUGACUCUCGACUGUUCCAACUCGUGCUGCAUCUGAUGGAUUACAUCGGGGUGAAACAUCCUAAAGCUGUUCAGUAUAUGGUGGAGAAUGGACUUGUGGGAACGGUGGUUAAGACUGCGGUCAAAAUGCAUGAGAAGGAAGAGGGGGAGGUGAUCGCUAAUCGAGAUAGUUUCCUGAACUUUAUCACCAAUUUUUCGCAGCGAUCGCUGGUCUCGGUAACCCUUAUCAACCCUUUCUGGGACUUGAUCAACGGUCUUACGCUUGCCGAAAGACACAAAAACCCCAAGGUCACACGAGGAGUCCGGGACAUCCAUGCCCUGUUCUACCGGAACUUACUUCAGCUAUUCGUUUACCGACCAACGGAUUCCAUCAUCGGUCAUAAGAAUAAUUCUUUCACAGUAGACCUCCCAGGCAGUGUGAUCCCGAAGGCAGAAGUGAAGGCCCGCUUCAACCAGAUUCACGACAAAGCAGUGCAAUUCAUCACCAAUUGCGACGCCGAACAUCAGGUAUUCGAUGCUGAAGUCCUGCUGAUAAAGAGCCUCAUGAAUCGAACUCUAAAUGGAAACCCCCGCGGUGGGAACAUCAUUCUCUGGUGUCUUCUACCGAAACGUCCGGCCAGUUUGAAGCUGUACACCAUCCGUCAACUUGGUCAGUACAUUGACAGUGGAAACUACCUGUCGUUGAUCUGCGAUAUUCGCAUGUUGAAAGUUUUCAGCCAGAGCAUACUUCUGCUCAAUAAUAAAGAUUUGAACGUCGAAGAUCUGGCGUUCGUGAACAGCUUCUGCAAGGCAAUCGACGGAACGCACAACAGCACGUGGACGUUGACUCAAACCCUGGAGGAGUUCGAUUACCUUCGGACGAUCAAUCUGAACGAUCAAGAACAGACGAUCCUCAAAUCGAUCAACAAACAGGAAAAAUUGAUCCACACCUGUACGAUCGCUGCCAUGGAGAUUACCAGGAACAUUGUGGAGAAACAGAACAAACUACGCAAGGAGCUAAUCAUCCAGCUCAAAAAAGACAACGACUUCAAGUUCUUCAACCAGUGGAGGCAGAUCAUCGAACAGAUGACCCACGAAGAUGCUCCCUGGUAUAAUGAAAAGCUAUAUCCGAGUUCAUGGGAGCUGGAUGACACGUAUGGUCCAGGUAUGGUUCAAAAUCGGAUGAGACGAUGUCGGCGGACGGUUGAACAGCGGUUUCUUCAAAAAGAAUUUCGAACACAAGACGGUGACGCUUCGAAACCGCUGUUGGAGUACCUGAUUCCACAGAAUCGUAGUCAGGAGUUUUCGAUGGAGAACCAAGUGCUAUACACCUCGACUGUGAAGCAGAUUUCACCCAAACAGGAGCUGGAUAGUGAGUGCAUCCUUACGAGUACGGAACUGGUGCUGAGUCCCAGUUCUGGCGAUAUCUCCAUCUACGAUCUACACGACAUCACAAAGAUCUGGACAAAGCGCUACCAACAUCAGGAGACGGCGGUGGAAAUCUUCCUCAGAAGCGACAAAUCGCUCUUUCUGGUGUUCGACCGUUCGCUGGAGCGGGAGAUAUUUGCCGGAUUUUUCCAGGAUCUCGUUCAACGGGAAGGUCGGCAAGAGUUGGAAGCACAAACGCAAGCUUGGAGGGAAGGUUCUCUGAGCAAUUGGGAAUAUCUGAUGCAUUUGAACCAAAUCUCCGGCAGAAGCUAUCACGACCUGAUGCAAUAUCCGGUAUUGCCGUGGAUAUUGGCUGACUAUGAAAGCUUGAAACUAGACCUUCUUGCGGAGAGGACUUUUCGUAAUCUGGAAAAGCCAAUCGCCGUCCAGUAUAAGGAUCUGGAAAAGCAUUACAUCAACAACUACAACUAUUUGAAGCAAGCGGAAAAUGACUCCCUCAACAGGAUUCAGCCGUACCACUACAGUUCGCAUUACUCAAAUUCCGGAACGGUAUUGCACUUCCUUGUUCGAAUGCUUCCGUUCACAUCACUGUUCUUGCAAUACCAAGACGACAGCUUCGACAUCCCGGAUAGAACGUUCCACUCGUUGGCCACCACUUGGAAGCUGGCCAGUAAAGAUUCGCCCACGGACGUGAAGGAACUGAUCCCGGAGUUUUACUGCUGUCCAGAGUUUCUGGAAAACUCCGAAGGAUUCGAUUUUGGACUUCGUCAAUCCGGAGAGCCCGUCGAUCAUGUUGAACUGCCGGCUUGGUGCAACCAAUCUACGCGACUCUUCAUGCUAAUCCAUCGGCAAGCAUUGGAGUGCGAUUACGUGCGAAAACGGAUUUCCAGCUGGAUCGAUCUGACCUUCGGUUACAAACAAACAGGUUCGGCAGCUGUAGAGGCAAUCAACGUGUUCCACCCGGCAACAUAUGCCAACUUCAACGCUACAGACAUUGAAGACCCGGUUGAAAAGCUCGCACUGGAAACCAUGGUCAAAACGUACGGUCAGAUGCCCCGGCAGCUGUUCGAUAGUCCACAUCCGCAGUCGAACGUUGCUCCACUGUGGGCAAAUCCUCCCGAGGUUGUUGACACCGUUAGCGGGCUCAAGUGGGGACUGUACAGUGGAUCGCCUGUGCUGCCGAGUCCGAAGAUCAUUGACAUCCGAGCGACUCUGUCCAGCCUGACUUCCUUAACGCACAUGGAUGUCAACAAGGUGAUUGGCCUGCCCGCUCGAAUGAAUGUUUUCCGAGGUCAACAUUCCAGGGGUCAUUAUCUGAUGGAUUGGGGCCAUCUGGACGAUGUGGUACGGUUUCGAUCGGUUCAGGAAAGUGAUACCCGAUCGAGUGAACUGGUUUACAAUACGAAUAUGGAUCCCAUCACAGCAUGCGGAAGUGAUACAAACUGUCCGGAUAUUUGGUUCGGGCAUCGAUCCGGACGGAUAGCAGUGUUCCAACAGCGGCAACCGAGGAAAGUGUCAUUCUUCAAUCCCAACAUACAGCCAACGGUGACGCGAUCGCGAUCAAGUUCGUUCCGACGGUGGAUAGAUCGGAAGAGCGCAACAUUGCGGAAAAAGUUGGAAGGAGACGACGACGGCGACGAAUCCACGGGUGGCGUUCCAAUCAGAUGGAACUUCCCGGUGAUCUUGAUCAAACAUCGAGCAGAGGUAACGGCGAUCGCGAUCAGUACGGAGUUUAAGAUCGUCGUUAGUGUGAGCAUAGACGGGACGGCGGCAAUUUGGGACUACAAUACGUUGAGCUAUGUUCGGGAAAUACCAAAACCGGUCAAUGUGAUCAACUCUAAGAUCAGUUUAGUGGCGAUCAGCCCGACUUUGGGGGAUAUCGUAACGAUUCAUUCGAGCGUUCAUGCUGCUUCGGUGUCGAGUCGAUCGAACGAUACGUCAACGCUGGUGGAUGAUGAGAGUUUUGAGGUCACAGAGAACUACAACAUGGACUACGUUAACGUGGCGAUGGCUUCCAGUCGCGAUCAGCUGCGGCUGCACACGAUCAACGCCAAGUAUGUGGAGCAUGUUUUCAUGGAAAGUCCGGUGAUGGCAAUCUGCUAUACAUCGGUGAAGGAGGGCUGCGGUGUGAACUGUAUAGCAGUUGGAAUGGAGAGUGGUGUAAUAAGACUGUAUAGUAGCUGGAAUCUAGCGUUGGUUCGUGAGAUCACUACGAUUCUAGGAGAACCCUUCGGGAUAAUGAGCCUAAUCUACUCCAAGAACCAGCACCUGAUCGUACUAACGUCAAGCAAUGUGAUUCAAACGUGGAAGUCCGAAGGUCUUCCCGGGACAUCACCUCAGAUUAUGGAACUACCGGUUCGGCGAUCGAUUGGCUAAGCCAAUUCGGUCAUAACUGUACUUCAUAGGAAUAUAACCAAGAGCUUUAUCGAUCUGUUAUCAUAUUUUUGUUAAGAUGAAAAAAGAGAAUGAUAUUAUAUUUUUCUAUUCCGUAA